AUGGGAUCAACUUUUUAUGGAGAUCAGUGGACGCCAGCGAGACCGGGAUGGCUAUUUGUGCUCAUUUUCUUUCAGAAAACUCCUCCUCGCAUUCAUGGCAAAAUCCAAGCUACCAUCAUUAAAAUCACAAAUAACAAUACAACAGAUGGAAGUAAACGCCCUCAAUAUGGGAGUUCCGUCGGUGCUAAAAACGUCACCAAAAAAUCUUAG